UUUUUUUUUAAUAGCGAAUCUAGCGGUACUUUUUAUUUUUAAAGAAGUGUGCUUGACUGAAUUUAACAUUACUAGGCGUUAGAUCCACGGUAGCACAUUCAAGAUCCAAGGUAGCAUUCAAGGGUUGUUUUAACCCCCCAAUAAUUCCAACCAAUGGAAUAUGUAACUGUUCAUUUUCUUCUUCGUCGGAAUAAGAAUGCCAUGAAUGUAAGCUGUGGUGUGGGAAGUGAUGGUUGAACUUAAAAGAGUAUUCGAUAACUUGCAUUACAAACUUGUAUUCUUACUAGGCCAACGGCAGAAGAUAGAAGUGGUGACGUGGGAACAUGGUUAUUGUAAUCUUGAUAGAUAUUGUCUUUCAUUCUUCAGACCACUAUAAUGAAACGUAUCUUGAAUUCCUCGGACGACUAUAGUGCCUAUGUAUAGUAAAACUACUAAUAUUAGUGUCUAUGUAUGGUUUGAAUGAUGAAAAAUAAAAAUGAUAGAAAUAUGAUAUAAAAUGUUAGGGAUACACACCUCGUAUACAACACGUUUGUUUGUACCACAUUCAGUUUGAUAGUUGUGUGUACCGAAACCCAAAUAUAAUAUAUAUAAUAAUAUAAAAUAUGGUUGAAUGAAUGCUAAUUAAUUUAAUUUAUAGUAAUUAUUAGGUGGUACUAUUAUGGUAAAGAAUAAGAAAGUACAAAAAAAAUGUCACAAGCCAACCGCUAGACAUCCCAACCUCUAUGUUUCUCCACUCGUGCCUAUGUUCAUUGAUUUCUCCUUUCCAUCCAUCUCUGCCUUUCUCUCUCUAGAUCGGAGCAAAACCAAGCUUCUUCUGUCAGCUCUUUUAUCUGCUUCAUCCAACAAUGGCUUCAUACCAUAAUAAUUCAUUGAAGUUGGCUCUUCUCCUCUCAUGCUCCCUCAUUGUCCUCGACCUUUUCUGUAUUCCAGUCCAUGCCCUUAACAUCGGCCUUCAAGUUGCAGGUUCCGCUGUCUCUGUGAGUAAAGAAUGCAGCAGGAAAUGCGAAUCACACUUCUGCACAGUUCCUCCAUUUUUAAGAUACGGAAAGUACUGUGGGCUGUUAUACAGUGGAUGCCCUGGGGAGAAGCCUUGUGAUGGACUCGACGCUUGUUGCAUGAUGCAUGAUCAUUGUGUGGUUGCUAAACACCAGGGCUAUCUAAGCGAAGAGUGCAGCCAAAACCUCCUCAACUGUAUAGCUAAAUUUAAAAACUCAAAAGUCCAUACGUUUAAGGGGAACAAAUGCCACGUUGAUGAGGUGGUUGAUGUUAUUUCUGCUGUCAUGAAAGCUGCAUUGCUUGCUGGAAGAUAUCUUCACAAGCCUUGAGAGUGAUUUGAAAUCCCCUUCCUCUGCCUCUCUCUCUCUCUCUCUCUCUCUCUCUCUCUCUCUCUCUACAGUGCUGGAAUGGAAGUAGUUGUUUUUACUAUUAUUAUAUCAUGAAACACUAAUUGAGAAAAAUACCAAGUCGACCAAUUUGCUGAUACAGUGCAGUAAAGUGUGUGGAGCAUCUAUGCUUAAAGAUCUUUGGGAAAU